AAUGAAGUUAAGCCUGAGAGGACACCUCCAGUUUGAUAAUUAACCUGUAGGAGAUACAGCAACAUAUGACGUUCUUUGGGGGAAAUACCUGUGUAGCUGUUUCACUUUGCUCUGGCUGGAGUGUAUAAAGACAGUGAAUUGCCAAAAUGCUUUGGAAUUCUUAAACAAUUCAAAACCUGAAGUCUCUGAGGAUACAAAACCGUAAGAACAGAAGAAGCAGCAAGGAGGAUUCAGUGCCAAUGCAGCAACAAAAAAGACAGCCAGAGUUAGUGGAAGGAAAUCUUCCUGUUUUUGUUUUUCCUACAGAACUUAUAUUUUAUGCAGAUGACCAGUCCACACACAAGCAAGUGUUGACUCUAUAUAACCCCUAUGAGUUUGCCUUAAAAUUCAAAGUUCUUUGUACAACUCCAAAUAAAUAUGUGGUGGUUGAUGCCACAGGUGCAGUGAAGCCUCAGUGCUGUGUUGAUAUUGUGAUUCGUCACAGGGAUGUCCGUGCUGCAUACUAUGGUGUGAUAGAUAAAUUCCGUCUACAGGUGUCUGAGCAGAGCCAAAGGAAAGCACUGGGGAAAAAGGAGAUUAUUGCUACUCUACUUCCAUCUGCAAAGGAGCAACAACAACAAAAGGAAGAGGAGGAAAAACGAAUAAAAGAACACCUGGCUGAAAGUGUCUUUUUCGAUCAGUCUUUGUGUCAACCAGGUAAAAACAGAACUGCCUCGUCGGGACCUAGUUUACUAACAGUCUUCCUAGGAAUAGUGUGUGUUGCAGCACUAAUGCUACCUACAUUGGGGGAAAUGGAAUCCCUGGUGCCUCUCUACCUCCAUUUAAGCGUGAAUCAAAAGUUAGUAGCUGCUUAUGUUUUAGGUCUCAUCACCAUGGUUAUUUUGAGAACAUGAGCAAUGAGUUAAUAGGAUGUCCAACACCUUACUGUAUAUUCACACCAUGAAUGUGGACUGCCUUUUACUCCCAUUCGGCUCACUAAGACGCUAGCAAACCCAUUCAGUGAUUUAAGAUCCCUUCAGAAAUGUAAUAUAUUUUAACUCUGUAUAAUAAAUGAAAGACUCAAAGCACUUUUUGCAGGUGCUUCUGUAACAGACAGCUAUGAAAUGUUCAGUGAUAACCUGUGAAAAUAAUUUGAAAGGAACUUUUAUAUCUACACCUACUGUAAAAUCAACCAACCAAACAAAACGAAGGAAACCAACAACAAAGAAAUCUUUCUUAAAGCAACAUCUCUUGGGUUUAGUUUAUGUUCACAUCAGUGUGUGCUCACUCUAAAAGCAAAACUCCCUUCUGUAAAACGUGUUUGGUUUGUGGGUGGGAAGGCUGAGGGGGGGGGAUGCAGGCCUGAAGAGGAUGAGAGGCUGUUGGCUGAAGGAAAUGAACAAGGCCGGCAGCAUGAUGAGGAAAUCAGCCAUGAAUUUUGGGUGAAGAAGUUGUACUUCCUUCCUUCAUCCUUACCAAUCUGUUGUUGAGUGCUUGGUUUCUUACCUGGGGAAAGAAUAAUUUCUGAGACAGCCCUUUUUGUAUCACUGUUGUGGACAAUAAAACCAAGUUCUGUAGUCAGAUCCUUUUCCUUCCUUAGGGAUACAGGCAGGUUCACAGAUGGUAUCGGGUUGGAAGGGACCCUCAAAGGGCAUCUUCUCCAACACCCCUGCAGAUGGCAGGGAUGCACCCAACUAGAUCAGGCUGCCCAGGGCUGGGGCAAGUCUGACCUUGAAUGUCUCUAGGGUUGGGGCCUCAAAUGCAUCCCUGGGCAACCUGUUUGGUAUUCCCCCCCUAAUUGUGAAGAGCUUCCUCCUGCUGUCCAACCUACAUCUACCCUCCACAUCCAAUCCACACCUACAGUGUGGGAGCUAAGCAGCACUGGCAGGAGAGGUCAUGCUGCACACUAACAAAGAAUUUAGCCUUUACCUUAGAGCCUAAACUAUAGCAACAAAGGAACCCCUUUAUAGCAUCAGUCUGGAGAAGAGGAGGCACUGAGGUGACCUUCUUGUGGCCUUCCAGCAUCUGAAGGGGGCCUACAAAAAAGCUGGGGAGGCACUUUUUAGGCUGUCAGGGAGUCACAGGGCUAGGGGGAAUGGAGCAAAGCUGGAGGUGGGGAGAGUCAGGCUGGAGGUGAGGAGGAAGUUGUUGAGCAGGAGAGUGGUGAGAGGCUGGAAUGGGUUGCCCAGGGAGGUGGUUGAGGCCCCAUGGCUGGAGGUGUUUGAGGCCAGGCUGGCUGAGGCUGUGUGCAGCCUGCUCUAGGGUAGGGUGUCCCUGGGCAUGGCAGGGGGGGUUGGAACUGGCUGCUCCUUGUGGUCCCUUCCAACCCUGACUGAUUCUAUGAUCCCUUCCCUCUCCCCCAGCCCCAGCUAAGAUGGGGGAUUUCUUUUGCAUCGGAAUGUCCUCGAAAUUGCAGUCAUGAAACAUUUCUCCUGGUUCACAGACCCAAGUGUUUCCCUUCAUUUGGCACUUCCUUGCCCAGAAGUUCAGUUCAAAAGCCUUUCUGCUGCAGGGCUGCUCUUGCUGUGCUUGAUCCACAAAACUCUUGGUGUGGCAGAAGUCUAUAUUAAUUGAUAAUGCUCUGUAUAAAAAUCAUGUUGGAAAUUAAAACCUCCUUUCUCUCCCCCCUGCA